UGUACAUUUAUCUCAUACGUAACAUGAAACUGCAUAUUUAGGUUGUGUGUAUAUAAACCUGACGAGCUCUUUGUAAACGUAUACAGUUACGUUGUAGCAGUGGCGAGGCUGUUGAUUGAAGGACAUUAUUGUCCUCCAAGUUUGUGUUGCUGAAAGAAAUUUGCUCUUCCACAUUCAGUGUCAGUGGCUGCAUAAACAUGGCUCAGGAUAAUACAGUAUCUUUCAAAGUGUUCCUCCAUAAUGAUGGUGUUAAUGAAGUACGCCGGUUUGGUGUUGACCGUGAUGUGGUGUCAAAUUUUAGCUACCUUAGGGAAAAACUGCAGGCUGUUUUUCCAUCAUUGCGUGGAUGUGACUUCACUGUAGCAUGGAGAGAUUCUGAUGGUGAUGAAAUUGUCAUCUCUAGUGAUGAUGAAUUGAUAAUUGCUCUGACUGAACUGCAGACUGAAGUGCGUAAACUGUAUGUAACUGUACAAGCUGGGUCUGCAAUGCAAUAUGAACAACUUGGUGAAGGUGGGCACCAACAUGCUGGUGUGAUAUGCGAUGGAUGUGAGAAGAAGGUGGAAGGUUUUCGCUACAAAUGCAUUCAGUGCCCUGACUAUGAUCUGUGUGCAGCCUGUGAGAACAAGAGUCUUCAUGCUGAACACUACAUGAUACGCAUACCAGUUCCCACGUUCUGGCGGCCUCACUUUGGCAAACGAUUGGCUCAUCAUUUGGCAAAAGCAGUCCACAAAAGUGGUCGAUGCAGUGGAUGGGAAUCUGAGGCAGGCCAUGGCCCAGGAAGACAUCAUGGCGGGAGGCAUCAUGGUGGGAGACAUGGUGGAGGAGCAGGGUGGUUAGAAACGCUUGCUGCAUACCUGAAUGAGUGGACAAAUCUCCCAGGUGAAGAAGAACCCCAGGAUAAAAAAGACUCUGCUGACCCUUCAAGUAGCAAGAAGCAGAAACCACAAGAACAGCAGGAAGAUGUCCGUGUCCAGUAUCUGAGAAACAUUGGACAGACUGUGGCCAGUGUAUUGGAUCCAUUGGGGAUUGAUGUGGAUAUAGAAGUGCGAACUAGAAACAGGAGUGAGAAAAGAGGAGAUCCAGAGAAGGAACAUGAUAACAAAGGUGGGAAGAAUGUUCCUGAAGAACAGACCGAUGCUAUGGAAGUUGAUAAUAAGCAUGAGAAGGAAGCCAAUGCAAGUGCAGGCAGAUCUGAGCGUGAGAGUCCAGAGACAGAGGGCUGGACUGUUGUGAAUGAAGAUACUCAGAAACAGAGUAACAUCACUCCAAAUCCAUCUGCUGGAGCUUCUGGGGUGCCUGCUGCAGAAACCGGGGCUGUACCAAAGCAGCCAAUCACAACAUACGCUUCUACAGCUCAUCAUAACAGUGUUUCUUCAUCAAGCAGCAACAUGUAUCCCAAUAUCUUUCCUCUGCCAGGCCAUGUUCCUCUUCAACCUGCACAGGCUCCUUUACCUCUCCACCCACCACACAUGCCUGUUCAUUCCAACCCAGUCUUUAACCCAGCUCCAGUACAGGCAUUCAUGCAACAUCCUCCUAUAAGACCACACAUUGCUGAAGCAGUAGACAAGAUGAUGUCCAUGGGAUUUAGCAAUGAGGGUGGUUGGUUGACCCAACUGCUUGAAAGCAAGAAUGGCAAUAUUGAAAAAGCCUUGGAUGUGUUGCAGCCUGUUAAGAAGCCAUAGGAGACCAGUAGCUUCCAUAUAUAUAUGUACUUAUGAGUACAUUAAUCAUUAUUGUUUCUAUUAUUAUAGUUUAAUAAUUAGAUGUGAAAGGUUAUGGAUAUCUUAAAAAUGUUUAAAAUGUUACGUGCAUCUCAUACAGCAUUAUAAAUAUAUAUAUGAUAUAUUAAGCAUCUUUGGUGUGAGCAUUGCAGUAAUUGUUUCCCAAACAUUGCAUAGAGCUACUCCCCCAAACUUGAAGACAUGGUGCUUAAUGACGUACCUCUUUACAUAAGGAUAUUUAUAUAAAUCUCUUCUAGAAAAGGCAAAUCUAGAAUCUUAAUAUGCCUACAUAUAGAAUAUUUUAGUUUGACUUGGGAACUGUUAGGGUUGAAUACCAGUGAUCCUGUUAGUUCUUUUAAACCAUUACAAGGUGUAACACAAUAUGCUUGUAAGAUUACUCAGUGACCAUUAAAUAUAAAUGUGUAGCUACCAUCAUAAUGUGAUACUACAUAAAUUUAUUGCAGAUCCCUUUAACUCAUUAUUAAGGACUAUGAAAAAUGAACAGAUGGUUACAUUUUAAAGGGUUAAGUUUGUUUUUACUGUGUUAUGGAAUUUAAAUCUUCUGUAUUCAUAGUCAGUAUAAUUUAUUAAUGACUAUGAAAAAUGAACAUUUGAUUAAAUUUUAAAAACUUUGUUUUUUUUUCAUGUAUUAUGGAAUUUAAAUCUUCUGUAUUUAUAGUAAAUGUAAUAAAAAUAACUUCUGGUCUGAUUUA